AUGGCAAAUUCGGAGGGAAACAAAUUAUGGGGAGGGCGAUUUGUAGGGGAUACUGACCCUAUAAUGGAGAAAUUUAACGCCUCUAUCGCUUACGACCAGCGGAUGUGGGAUGUCGACAUCAAGGGCAGCAAAGCAUACGCAAAAGCACUGCAGACAGCAAACCUAGUGUCCCCCGAGGAGAAGGAGAAGAUCCUUGAGGGCCUUGACAUGGUAUUUGCUGAGUGGUCCAAAGGUGUCUUCCAGAUCAAGCCCGGAGAUGAGGAUAUUCACACGGCCAAUGAGCGCAGACUAAAGGAAUUGAUUGGUGAGCCAGCAGGAAAGCUUCACACUGGCAGGAGCAGGAAUGACCAGGUGGUGACCGACAUGAGGCUGUGGUUACGAGAUGCCAUCAACACUUUGAAGAGCAAUGCCUUAGAGCUCAUAAACACUAUGGUGGAAAGAGCUGCAGUAGAGAUUGACAUCUUGUUUCCAGGAUACACUCACAUGCAGAGAGCUCAACCAAUAAGAUGGAGCCACUGGAUUCUCAGCCACGCAGUGUCUCUGAGCAGAGAUGUGGAGCAGCUAGAAGUGAUCCGGAGGCGGACCAAUGUGCUCCCGCUGGGAAGUGGUGCUAUUGCUGGAAACCCCUUCAAUAUUGAUAGGGAAUUUCUCCGGAAAGAACUUGACUUUGAUGAGGUCAGCAUUAAUAGUAUGGAUGCUACUGGACAGAGAGACUUUGUUGUUGAGUUCUUGUUCUGGGCUUCGAUGUGUCUCACUCACCUGAGUAAGAUGGCAGAAGAUCUGAUCCUGUACACUACUAAGGAAUUUUCCUUCAUCACAUUGUCUGAUGCAUACAGCACCGGUAGCAGUCUGAUGCCCCAGAAGAAGAAUGCUGACAGUCUGGAGCUCAUUCGGAGCAAAGCAGGACGAGUCUUUGGAAGAUGUGCAGGGUUCUUGAUGACUCUUAAGGGUUUGCCCAGCACAUACAACAAAGACCUGCAGGAGGAUAAGGAGGCCAUGUUUGACACCCAUGACACGGUGCACGCUGUGUUGCAGGUAGCAACAGGAGUUAUGUCCACUUUGCAGGUUCAUCAGAAGACUAUGGAGGCUGCACUCAGUCCAGACAUGCUAGCCACUGACCUGGCUUACUACCUUGUUAGAAAAGGAAUGCCAUUCAGAGAAGCUCAUGGCUGUUCUGGGAAAGCUGUUUAUCUGGCUGAAUCCAAGAACAUUCCACUUAAUCAACUGACUCUGGAGGACCUCCGCAUAGCCAGUCCUCUGUUUGACAGUGACGUGUCCUCUGUGUGGGACUACAGCAGUAGUGUGGAACAGUACAGCGCUUUUGGUGGCACAGCCAAGAGCAGUGUGACAGCACAGAUAGAACACAUGAGAUCCUGGCUGAAGAACCAUAGACAGUGACCCCGCCCAUGCUUGCCUGUCUCUUACCCCUCAAGUAAUGUGUUC